CAGGAGGCAGGAUGUGCCUAUGUGAUCUUGCUGAUGGCAGUGUACUGGUGCACUGAGGCCCUGCCAAUGGCUGUCACUGCCCUGCUACCUGUUGUGCUCUUUCCUGUUUUCGGGAUCAUGCGGUCCAGAGAGGUGGGUGUUCAGUACCUGAAUGAUGCCACCAUGCUGUUGCUGGGUACGCUGGUGGUUGCCGUGGCAGUGGAACACUGGAACCUGCACAAACGCAUUGCCCUCAGGGUGCUAUACCUGGCCGGGCUCCGACCACCGUUGCUGAUGCUGGGCUUCAUGUGUGUGACGGCCUUCCUGUCCAUGUGGAUCAGCAACACCGCCACCACUGCCAUGAUGGUGCCGAUCAUCCAGGCUGUGCUGCAGCAGCUACACUACAGGGAGGAGGAGGUGCAGGAACACACUCCUGUGGAGAGGGUUGAGGAACAGAGAGAGCUGGUGGUGGUGAAUGGGUUGGGGGUGUAUAAAGAGACUGUGCCGAUUGAAGAGGCUGCAGAGAAGAGGAGGAUAUGUAAAGGCAUGAUGCUGAGUGUGUGUUAUGCAGCCAGCAUCGGGGGCACUGCUACACUAACCGGCACUGGAGCCAACCUGGUACUCCAGGGCCAGAUGAACCAGCUGUUCCCCACAAAUGGUGAUGUCAUCAACUUUACCUCUUGGUUCAGUUUUGCUUUCCCCAACAUGAUUCUCAUGCUCUUCAUAUCCUGGUUCUGGCUGCAGUUCAUGUUCAUGGGACUGAACUUCAGGAAGACGUGGGGCUGUGGGGUGAGAAGAUCGGAGGAGGAGGAGGCUAUGUUCCGGGUGGUCCGGGACGAGCUCCGGCAGCUGGGUCCCAUUUCGUUUGGGGAGGGCAGUGUGCUAGUACUCUUCCUCCUGCUCAUCCUCCUCUGGUUCACUCGAGAUCCAAGCUUCACCACCGGCUGGUCAUCUGUGCAGUGGGAAGGUCUUGUCCUUUUCUCCGGAUUCUGCAGGUAUGUGAAUGACGCCACAGUAUCUGUUUUCAUCGCUGUACUCAUGUUCAUCCUCCCCUCCCAAGCACCCCGGUUGAGCUUCAACAUUACAUCAUCCAAAGAAUCCCAGACCUCCCCGGUCCCCCCUGUGUUGCUCAACUGGAAGGUGUUCCAAGCUAAAAUGCCCUGGGACCUGCUUCUGCUGUUUGGAGGUGGAUUUGCACUGGCCAAGGGGAGCGAGGUGUCCGGAUUGUCCAGGUGGAUGGGGAUUCAGAUGUCCCCCUUGCAGACCAUCCCCCCUUGGGCAACUGUCAUCAUCCUGUGCCUCCUGAUUUCCAUCUUUACAGAAUUCACCAGCAAUGUGGCUGCAGUUACACUGUUCCUGCCCAUCCUCGCCUCCAUGUCACAGUCUGCUGGGCUGAAUCCACUGUACAUCAUGGUGCCUUGUACUCUCUGUGCCUCCUUCGCCUUCAUGCUCCCUGUAGCCGCACCCGCCAAUGCCAUCGUCUAUUCUUACGGCGACUUCCAGACCUCCGACAUGGCUAAGGCUGGCAUUGGGAUGAACAUUAUCAGUAUCCUGUGCUGUACCCUGGCCAUUAACACCUGGGGCAGGGCUUUAUUCAUUCUGGACUCCUUUCCAACCUGGGCCAACAUCACCAGCAUAUGAAGACAGGUCC